AUGCUUCUACGUUCCUUUGCACUGCCGGCGUCCGCGCUCCUCCUCGGGGUGUCGGCGUCGCCGCUGACCGCUCGGUUACCCGGUUCCAAGCCUGUCAUUGCGCAAAUGUUUGAAUGGACAUGGGACAGUAUUGCCACUGAGUGUACGAACUUCCUUGGGCCCGCCGGUUACGGCUUCGUACAAACUAGCCCAGCUCAAGAGCAUGUCACUGGCUCUCAGUGGUACACCGAUUAUCAGCCCGUGUCCUACACAUUAACGUCAAAGCGUGGGAAUGAGGCACAGUACAAGAAUAUGAUCGAUACGUGUGCAACAGCAGGCGUUGGCAUCCUUGCGGACACAAUCUUCAACCACAUGAGCGGUGCGGCUUCGGGUACGGGUGUUGCUGGGAGCUCCUUCACUAAGUACGACUACCCCGGCAUCUAUAGCACCAACGACUUCCACCAUUGCGGGCUUGAGCCUGGCGACCAGAUUGUCGACUGGGACAACGAGCAAGAAGUCUGGACGUGCGAACUCGAAGCUCUCUCCGAUCUUGCUACAGACACCGCCUAUGUGCAGCAGACUCAAGCCGCAUACGCCAACCAUCUUCUCAGCUUGGGCGUCAAAGGCUUCCGCCUCGACGCGGCAAUGAAUAUCGACCCCGCUAACAUCCGCGCAAUCCUCGACUUGCUCAACACCCAGGACUACUACGUUACCCAGGAGGUCCAUUGGGGCGAAGGGGAGCCUGUAACUCCUGCUUUGUACACUGGUAACGGCGACGUACAAGAGUUUCGCUACACCAGCGCGCUUCUCUCUGCAUUCAGCGGCGGAGGCAUCUCGAACCUCCAAGAUCUCGACAAUCAGGGCUGGGUUCCCAGCUCGAGCGCAAACGCCUUCGUAGCCAACCAUGACACAGAACGGACAAGUGGCGCGUCACUCACGGCACUGUCUCCUUCGAACACUUACACACUCGCCAUGGUAUUCUCCCUCGCCCACCCGUACGGCACCCCGACUAUCCUCUCCAGCUACGAAGGCUUCAGCAACACUGAACAGGGCUCGCCGAACAACGGUGCCGGUACGUGCUCAGGAAACGACGGCACAAACGGCUGGUACUGUCAACACCGCUGGCUCCCUGUCGCAGGUAUGGUUGGGUUCCGCAACAACGUCGGCUCAGCUGCCCUCACGAACUGGGUCUCCCCGCAAUCGUCUCAGAUCGCGUUCGGACGUGGGGCGCUUGGCUUUGUCGCGAUCAACAACGCUGACUCGGCUUGGACUGCGACGUUCACGACAAGCUUGCCUGCGGGCUCGUACUGCGAUGUCAUUCAUGGAAGCCAAUCUGCUGCCAACGUUUGCUCAGGGCCUUCAUAUACUGUGACUGCUGCGGGGACCUUUACUGUCACCGUCGCGGCGCGCGAUGCGGUUGCGCUGCAUAUCGGUUCAAAGGGCGCCGGGACGGGUGCUAGUAGCCCGGCAACUGUGACAGUCAACUUUGCUGAGACUGCGAUGACAACAUUCGGCGAGAACAUCUUUCUAGUCGGAAGCACCGUCGAGCUCAAAGCCUGGGAUACCGCGAACGCUAUCGCGCUUUCAGCAGCGAGCUACCCGGUAUGGGCAGCGGCUGUCACCCUGCCUGCCAGUACAAAUAUCGAGUAUAAAUUCAUCCGUAAGGAGACGGACGGGAGCAUCGUCUGGGAGAGCGGUAACAACCGUAUCAUAACGGAAAGUUGGCUACAUCCAAUCUCCCCCACUCUGUUAAAUCGGUAG